UUUUGCGGACUGUGCGGUGUGUGUGUGUAUUACAGCUUGUACAAAUAUGAAACGGCUGACAGUAAUACGUAUAAAAUAAAAAAAAUAUAUAUAUAUAAUAAUAAAAGCAUGUCGCGUGUUAAUGACGCAAUACUUUUGACAUUGGCAUGGAGCGGAACAGACUAUAGCGGACUCAGGAUUUGGUGUAGUUAUGGCUUUUCGCUGGCUUUCAAGAUCUCUUUCUGGGCUUCUCGUGGAAACGGCGUCCAUAAAUCGUCAGAGGAAUUUCAGUGUAUCUGCUGUUGCCGCAGCCAUUCAGAAAAUGACAAGAGUACGUGUAGUGGACAACAGCUCUCUUGGAAAUACGCCAUAUCACCGUCCACCAAGAGUGAUCCACGUCUACACCAAGAACGGCGUAGGAAAAGUUGGUGACAGAGUGUUACUUGCCAUUAAAGGACAGAAGAAGAAAGCAUUCAUCGUCGGACACAAAAUGCCUGGAGAACGCAUGACUCCACGCUUUGAUUCUAACAAUGUUGUCCUGAUUGAGGACAAUGGGAACCCCACAGGAACAAGGAUUAAAGUCCCUAUACCCACACAUCUACGUAAAUUAGAGGGAGAUUACUCUAAAGUAUUGGCAAUUGCUAAUUCGUUUGUCUAAUUGCAUCAUAUAUGAACAUUUUGUGCUCAAGUUGUCUUCAAUAAACU